GAAGCGCGUCUUCUUCUCGCUUCUAUCUAGACUGUACGCUCAGUGUUGUCAGACGUGGAGUUAAGCGCUUCAGAAAAUGGAUAAAGGUGACAAUAAAACACGCUGAAAGAUGAUUUGGACUGGUGCUCGGACUGCUGGAUUUACACUCAUGCGACACGGAAUCUGAGGACUCCUCAUUGAAAACUUGCACCGUGACAUGCAAUUUGCACUGCAAAAUUGGUUGAAACUUGGGGCAGUGUCGUCAUAGUAGUUUUCUGAAACGAGAUUUGAGCUGUCACAGAAGCAGGCAAGAAAGGCAACACAAUGCUGGCAAAUAUGUCUCCUGUGCCAGUUUUACCGCUGGUGAUAAGCUGUUGUAUGUCGAUUUUUGGCUGUUUGGCCACCAUCAAACUAAUUCCUGCUUUCAGAGACCAUUUUAUAUCAGCGAGGUUGUAUGGAAUGGACCUAAACAAAACAUCCAAAAAGGAAGUCCCAGAGUCCCAGGGGGUUAUCAGUGGAACUGUCUUCCUGAUAAUCCUGUUCUGCUUCAUCCCAGUGCCUUUCCUUAGCUGCUUUGUUGGAGAUCAAUGUAUGGGCUUUCCCCAUGAUGAGUUUGUCCAACUGAUUGGCGCUCUUCUGGCCAUCUGCUGCAUGAUCUUCCUUGGUUUUGCAGAUGAUGUACUGAACCUGCGAUGGAGACACAAACUCCUUCUCCCCACAAUGGCGUCUUUGCCUCUACUCAUGGUUUAUUUUACCAACUUUGGCAACACAGUCAUUGUGGUACCCAAACCAUUCAGGGUUCUGCUUGGACUUCACUUAGAUCUGGGGAUUCUUUACUAUGUCUACAUGGGGAUGCUGGCAGUCUUUUGCACAAAUGCAAUCAACAUUUUAGCUGGAAUCAAUGGCAUUGAGUCAGGUCAAGCUCUGUUCAUCUCUGGCUCCAUUAUUAUAUUUAACUUCCUAGAACUCAGUGGGGAUUACGGUCCUGAUCACGUCUUCUCCUUGUACUUCAUGAUUCCAUUCUUUUUCACUACAUUAGGAUUGUUUUAUCACAAUUGGUAUCCCUCAUCAGUUUUUGUUGGAGACACUUUUUGUUAUUUUGCUGGAAUGACCUUUGCUGUUGUGGGAAUCCUGGGUCACUUUAGCAAAACAAUGCUGUUGUUUUUUAUUCCUCAAGUGGCAAACUUCAUAUACUCGCUUCCUCAACUUUUUCAUAUCAUCCCCUGUCCAAGACAUAGACUCCCCAGAUUAAAUCCAGACACAGGCAAACUUGGUAUGAGUUACUCAAAAUUUAAAAGUAAGGAUCUCUCAAAAUUAGGUCUUCUAAUUUUACAGGUUGCAGAGUUCAUGAGAGUGCUUGAUGUAAGAAGGGAGAGGAAAGACGGGGAUGAUUAUAUUGAAUGCAACAACAUGACUUUAAUAAAUCUAGUGCUAAAACUACUUGGUCCAACACAUGAAAGAAGUCUCACAGUCAUCAUGCUCAUUAUUCAGGUCAUGGGAAGCGUUGUGGCAUUUGGGAUUCGUUAUCACCUGGUUCGUCUCUUUUAUGAUGUUUAGGUUGAUAGACAUGGAAGAAGCCAAUGCUGACUGAAAUGUUUUUAUGUGGGAAUUAAUAUUACCAUACACAAGUCUACAUUCAAGCGGAAGCUAAUGCUUCAUUGUUACAUUUCUGCCUUGGACACCAUUUGAAUGGUGUUGAAACUGUACCCUUUUAUUUUUGAGUGCACUGUAUUGCAUUGCAUGCAAAAACUAAAUGGUUUUAUCCAAAAAGAUAUCUUUGCUUUACCUCUGAAUUGAGUUGUUAAUGGUGUCAUCUCAUCAUAUAUGAGUCAUACUUUUCUACUUGAGUACAUAACAAAACACUAGCGUGUCACACUAAUCACCAAUACUGGUUUGGUUAUAUCAAAAAUUGCAAUGCAACAAAACCAAAAUAUAAACUUGAUUUUCAUAGGGCUAUGAAGGAGAUUAACAAGAUUACUGCAAGGUGCAUGACUCAUAAGUCACCAAAAACAAUAAAUGUGAAUGUAAAAAAUAAUAGCAUAGCACUGAUUUGUCCUGAAAUUAUAUGUUUACUAAUAUUUUGCAGUAAAAUGGUUCUGAGCUAUGAAGCAAUGUCUCAUGUUUGUAAUUAUUGUACAGUUUAUCCAAAUAAAAUAAUAGACGUUGUCCCUUUUU